GCAUGGUCCGCCCACGCUUCCGUUUGGCUUAGCGCAUAAAUUCUCAAACUCCAUAUAAAAUAUGCAGACGGUGUCAGGAUUGGACUAGCUUGACUGCACCCUGGUCUCCUUUGACAGCAUCCUCCUCCAAGGCGCCAGAGGUUCCGGAGCCGUUUGAGGAUCACCGUGAUCAUCCACUUUCGGUCCCUUCGGAGACACCGAUGUCCAGCGCCAGUGAGCCAGAGCGCAACACGAGUGUGCCACGAUCUUUGUCCUUUGGUGUUAUGGACCUUGCAGCUCCACUUCGGUGGCCAAUGCAGGCAAUGCAAGGAUCUUUGGACUUGCCGCUCGUUCCACCAGGUCCUUCCAGGCCUGCGGUGCCACCGCUGAACUUGGACGCGGCGAAGUUGGUGGCCAGUGAUGGCCCAAACAGUUCAAGCACCCACCGCCUCAAGACACAAUCCAGCCGGCUGUCGCGGCGCCUCAAGUUGGAGGCCCAGCGUCCCAAUCCAAAUCCGGCGUGCUUAUUCUCCUGUACUUCCAUCAGUAGUCAUAACGAUGUCCUUGCAGAGACUGGCCGCUUCACGGUCACUCCUUUUGUGGGUAUGAAGCGUUUGUUGCUGCCGGCGCCUGGUCCAAAGUUGAUGGGCGCACCUGUUCAGGCGGGCGAUGAACUUGCAAAGAUGCUGGGGGAAUCUGCACUACUCGCGGAUCUUGGUCCGUUGCUUCGAUUGAAGCAGGAAAUGGAGGUGCAAGAGGCAGUGGAAAAGAGGAGUGUGAGUAGCAAUGCCAGCGCAAGUGGAUCCGAUGCACAGCAAACCACAGCCUCUUUGGCAAACCGCAUUGCUUCACAGGAGAGUCUGAUAUCUGGCUUUACUGCAACGCCUCGCGAUACACAGGUGACCGCACGCCGCCCAGCGCCCUUCCGGCGUUUGCGGCUGCAUGCAUGCUUGGUUUUGGAAGGCCUUUGUCAAGCCAUACCCAGUCGAAGUCCGGGCUUCUUUGAGGUGCCAGUGGAAGACAUCUUCGAGAUGCUGCAGUCCUCGUGCUCAAGAGCAGGUGCUUGCUCCUUCAACUUGGACGAGCAGCCUGAACCUGUACCAUCUCAGGCCUCCAAAGUCCUUGAGCUCCACCUCUCUGCGGCCCGAGUGGCAAAACUGCAACACUUUGCAGCAAGGCUGUGGCUUUGCAACAGUUCUCAGCGAUGUGUGUGUGGUGGAGACAGUGGUCGCAUUGACGAUGCAUGCAGUCCAUGCACGUGUGUGGACGAUGCCACAGCAUCUUGCUUGUGGCAGUUGCUGGCAGAGCAUGCGAGACAGGUGGACACAAAGGUCGCCAAGUGUGUCACAACGCCUUCUUGCCCUUCAAAAGAGGAAGUCCAGGAGGUUUGCUUUGAUCAUGCUCCCUCAGGAGGCCACCAAGACGGUGCAGAGGAUCCCGAGGAUUUGUUAGGGAAGAAGUGGCAGUGGCAUCGGAGGCUUGGCUUGGAUAGCUUCCUAAAGCUGGUGGCGGCUUCUUUGCGGCAGGCAAUUUCGCAGUUAAAGGGCGCACAGCGAGCUGGCACUGCAGGGCCUGAUGUGAUCAUGUCGCUGCAACACCGCCUGAGUGCUACGCUGCGUUUGGCCUCGCGCUACUUGCGACCGCCUGCCGCGCUGCCCUACGGUGUACCGCUUACACCGCAGCGACUGCUGCUGGCACAGCAGGUGCUCUCAGCACCGUUGACAGCGCUCAAGGCGUGA